UGAUGAUUUUCUAGCGACAUUUCUUAAACUCCUGCAAUACACAUCAGAUCGCGCCUGUGAUACAGUCAAUUGCACGGCAACAUAGAUAAUUUUAGAUAAGAAAAAUGGAGUCUCAACAUCGUGGAAAGAAGAGAAAGAGGAAGUCGUUUCUUAGGAAUGCAAAAAAAUAUGGUAAACAAGGAAAAUUCGGAAGAGGAAGUCACCUAAACGAAGACAUAUAUCAAUAUUUUGUCCGUGUGUUACAACUUCUUCAAACAGAUAGCUUUGAAACUGAGGAGGAGAAAGCUAUUUUCACCAAUAAUGUGUUCGAUGAAACAAUUAAUGAAGAGGUGAAUUAUUCAUGUAAUCAGCUUACUUCUACAGCACUUGAUAAACUGCUGCCUGCAGCUAGUGAUACAGUUUUAAGGAGGUUCAUGGAAGCAUUUGGAGAAAAUUUACGGCCCAUCUGCUCUGAUCCAUAUGGAAGUCAUGUAUUAGAGACACUGUUAUUAACUGUAUUACAGAGAGGACUGAUUUCAGACACACAGUCAGAAGAAGCAGACUUCACAAAUUGGGUUAUAAAAGUUAGCAAGUUUGUACUAAAUAAUUUGGAGGACUUUGUCUGGGAUACAUAUGCCAAUCACGUAAUUCGAACAGUUAUUGAGUGUCUUGGAGGAGUUUUGUCCAGAACAACAGGUGAAAACUACAAGAUACAUAUUAAACCCAACAUAAAGACAACUAAACCAUCAAUAGCAUUCAUUAAAGUUCCUUCUGAAUAUACAGAACUGCUAAGAGAAUUAGUACAUCGGUUGUCUGCUUGGCCACAGUUUCAAGAUCUGCCUUUCGCUCAUUUAACAUCAGGGUUACUGCAGACGUUACUUUCUGUAUUGAAGAAAACUGACCAUGAACUUACCGAGAAACUUAUUUUAAAAUUACUGGAUGAAUGUUUUACACUUCGGAAGGAAGAAGAUCAAAUAGACAACAGUGAACAUAAAUCAAACACCCCAGAUAAACACACCAUAUUGUCUGUGUUUGAAGAUGUGUCAGCUGUGCGUCUUUUAGAAGCAACAAUAACCAAUGCAUCACCCAAGAGGUACACUCAGAUAUAUGCAAAGUGUUUUAUAAACCAUUUGGCAACUCUGUCACAACAUCCUGUUGCUAAUUUUUCAGUGCAGAAGCUACUAGAUUGUUGUACCGAAAAGGGUGAAUUUGAAGCAAUAUAUGGCGAACUAGAAGAACAUCUUGAAGAAAUUUUGAAAAGUCAUAAUACUGGAGUGAUUCUAAGUCUUGCUCAGGCUUGCAAACGGCUUUCAACUAAACAAGGAAACUUUCAGAAAAUGCUAAUGAAAGCAUUGCAUUGCAUAGAACCUAAAGAGAGACAGAUAUUCCUGUCUCCACUUGCAUUAAAUCUUGUCACCUAUGAAGAGCAAGCUAAUUCUAAGGAGUUGUACAUUCACUUGAAUGGGUCAUUAAUACUUCAGACACUGCUCAACUUUAACAAACCAAUUCAGGUUAUAAAUAGUCUUUUGGAUAUGAACAUUGGUGAUCUUAAAACAGUGUUGACUGACCCAAAAGGAAGUCAUGUAAUGGAUGCAUUUAUGAAGAGUGAAUAUGUUGGUGAAAAAAGUAGAGAUAGAAUGAUUAAUAAACUACAGGGACUGUAUGUGGCACUGGCUUGCACAAAACAUGGAUCACGCAGUUUGGAUGCAAUCUGGGAUGUAGCAAACCUGAAACAGAAAAUUCUAAUCAUGGAUGAACUUUCUGCUAAAGAACCAAUCAUGAAUAGUAACCAGUAUGGCAGCAUUCUCGCAAGCAAGUACUACCUGCCACUUUAUAAGCAUCAAGAGAAUGAGUGGAGAGAUUUGCAAGGAAAGGAAUUCCGCAAGAAGAAGCUGUUUGCCGAUAUUAUUGGAGAUUCAGGGAAAUCAAGUUGAAAUGUGAUCUGAUUUCAUAACAUUUUCAAAACAUGGAAGACCAUUUUUGUAUUAUUUUGUUAUUUCAAAUGUGGCAAUUUAAUAGUAUGUUAAAUAUUGUUCCUUUACAAAGUAACAUACAUAUGCUAAGAAUUUCAUAUGAGCAUAAGUCAAGCUAAAUUUUGUUAAAAUUUUAAUAUUAAUUACUGAUAUAAAUAUUAUGAUUGGUCUCCAAUGCAUCUGUUGUGUUACUGAUAUUUACUUGAUAAGAAUAAAUUCUGAAUAAUUUAAAUUGUGUAUGUGGUAAAGUGUGAGUGAAAUAUGAUAUUUCUGCUCCCUCUUUGUGCCUGGACUCCCCCAAAGUAAUGCCUCUCGGGUGUUACCGCGACACACGGCUGACUGGACACACAUGUAAGCACUGACACAUGGCUGAUAAAGGUUGUUAAAAAUAU